GUCGCGGUUCUCUUCAAGGAAACCUUGAGGGGGAAUACUGCGUUCCAACACAAUGGAAAGGAACUCUACACUAUGGUGGAGAAGACGCCCGAGGACCAGCGUCGGUUCGAGGCCGGUGGCAAGGCCAAGGCGUUCUUGGAAGCGAAGGCCAAGAAGAAUGGUGCGACCGCUACGGUACGGCACUCUGGUCUGCCAGACUGCCAACUCAACGUGAAAACUGGGUCGGGAGAGGUACUCAUGGGGCAGAUCAACGGGGACCGAAAGAUGGUGUGGGAGGACAUGCCAAAGAGGCAGAAUUUCGGCGUCGCGCCCGAUGUACUCAACGCGGAGCUGCGGACCUUUAGGUCUGCAUGA